CGGCACACAUCCGGGCUGCGCACAUAGCCGACUCUGUGUUAGCCAUUUGUAUUCUACGCCGACCUUGUGGAAUGAUACUGGACAUUACGUUUGGCAGGUCCUCUUGCUGAAAGCGGGGCAGGUGCUGGGGGCGAGGGGAGCUGCUGCGAAACCCGCACGCCGGGCAUGCAUUUAUCGGCAAUCAUGAGUUGAAUCCUCGACCAAACGUGGGCUUGAAAAUUUGAGCGGACUCAUGCGUCCAGCUGCUUUGCUUCAGACGAACUUGACGACAGGUACACACACAGUCCCGCAUUCCCAAAGCUUGAUUGACAUACCUAGCAUGCAGCCAACAGCAAAGACAGUUAGCUUCUAUAUGUGAAGGAAAACGAGAGGGCCGCUUGUGCAAGGCAACAAUGGCGUUGCAGGCCCAAAGCGAAGCCAGCGAGGGGCUGGUUCGCAUCCAUGGGGACUUCAAUGCGGUUCCAUUGGCAAGAAGCAUUCGCCAAGAGGUGUUGUUCUUUGAGCCCGACAUCAUGGUCAUGGAGCUCAUUGACAAUAGCAUUGAUGCAACGCUCCACCGGAAAAGCCCAAAAAUCACCAUCGAGGUCAACCUGUUGCCCGACGACAAGGGCGGCCCUCAGAUUACCUUUAUGGACAACGGCCGCGGCAUGGACCUGAGCACGCUGCACAACUACUUCCGGAUGUCCUGGACCACCAGCGGCGUGCCGCCGUUGCCUAGAGAAGAGCACCCCGGUGUGCUCCCACUUCACUACUUCAUCAAUCCCAAGCUCAACCGAUACGGCCGUGGCUGCGCGUCAUGCUUUUACUUCGGCAAUUAUGUCGAGGUGGAGACGUUUCGGGCAAGCGCCGAGCACGCCUACUUGUGCAAGUACGACUAUGGCAAGCAGGAGGCCACAACCAACUAUAAGCUCGAGAUGUACCAGCGCGCGCAGCUCCACAUUGACGAUGAGGAGAUGGACGGGUGGACGAACAUCACGAUCUCGCAGCUGCUGCCUGAGCGGCUAGAGGAGCUGGAGAGUGUCAAGUUCUGGAACGGGCUGGCGAAGGAGCUGCACCAGGUGUACGCAUUCUUCAUCCACGGCUUCCCGGCUGAUCUGUGGAAUCGCCUGCCGGCUGAGCUCACCGCGGGCCAACAGCGGCCGGAAGGCGGGCUGGAGAUCCGCAUGACGGUGACAGACUCCCGGGCCGGGGCGGCGCGAGUGGUGUUCGAGGCCACGCUGGCGCGCGACGCGUCGGAGGAAGCACUCGAUGCAGGAGGUGGCGGCAGUCAGGGCGAGCAGCAGGCGUUCGCGUCGGACCUACAGGCGGUGCUGCGCGAGUAUAAGGAGCGGUGCUGCGCCAACGAGCUCCUCAAGCCCUGCGUGACGAUUUCAAGGUACCUGCCGCCCGGCUUCCCUGCGCCGGGUGAGCGGCACAUGCCGUCUAGCUCGGCCACUCCACACGGCAGCGCUCGGGGCUUUCGUGCCCCGCACGCGCACGCGCAGGCUGCAGCAACAGUUCCCGCAACACCGGGUGCGCCAGCUACUGUUGCGCGUGGCGGCGCUGCGGCCGCAACCGGCCAUCAGCAGCCGCAGGCGCAGCCGCAGGGCUCGGUGGUGGGCUCAGUGGCAACCGGCGGGCUGGAUCUGGAGGCGGUUGGCGAGGUCACGGUGUUGGUGGGCGACAGCGGCACGGACACCAAGACGUGGCUCAAGGACGCGCCGUGCGACUUCAUCACCAUUUGGCUGUACUUCCCGUACGCCCAGGGAAUGCGCACCAAGCCCAAGCCGGACCAUAGCCAAGAGCUGUUCGUGUUCCCUUUCUGGAGCGGCAAGGACAUGGUCAAGUCCAAGCUGCACGGCCAAUACCUGGACACACACAAGGCGGCGGUCAAGAUGGCCAUCACCAACCACGCCGUGCAGGCGCACAAGCACAAGCUCGAUGACACGGGGCGGCUGGUGGCGCUCGUGCUCGUGUCACCAGACGCGCUGGCGCACCAGCACAAGAGCGACUUCGAGGGCCGCGCGUACCGGAUGUUCUGUGAGGCCGGUCCUGCCGCGAACCCCUACGUGCCCGCCGGGCCAGAUCAGCCGCGCCUCUUUACCUACAUUUGGCCGGCCGAGCAGGCAUCGCAGCUGCAGCUGAACGGCGCAGGCACCGCAGCGCCCCUGAUCGACCUGGUGGGCGGUGGCACACCAGCGCCGACCCCAGCCGCCAAGGCCGCCAUGGCCAGUCGCCGCACCAGUGCCGCCGCCACGCCGCUACACCCGCUGUACCAGUUCGCGACGGACGGCCUCGCCACGGCCUCGACCGUCGGCGGCGCUGCAGGCGGCAGUAACGGCCGCGGGGGCGGCGGGCGCACGCCCUGGACGGGCCGCAGCGGAGGCGGGGGCGGAGGCGGUGGCUGGCGGGACGCCCCGAUGCAGGCAGACUGGAGCGGCUGGCGCGAGGACCGGGAGCGGGGCUGGGCCGCGCUGCAGCUGCUGCAGGCCUUUACAGUUUGGCGUAAGCUGGACGAAGACGGGCAGCUGGUCCCGCCGGUGCAGAUGAGCUGUCUGAGCUUAGCACCGGGCAUGGAAGAGCCAUGGGGUUUCGACGUGGAGGACCGCGGCAUCGUGGAGUUCAGUGAGAAGUACAUGUACGGCCCGGGCUGGGAGCCCCUGCAGCGCGGCGAGAUGAUUAUGGUCGGUGACGCCGGCAAGAUUCACCAGCGCUGGGCCUCAGCCGCACCAGCGGCGGCUGGCGGCGCGGCCGCUGGCGCGGUGCCAGCCGCCGGCAGCGGAGCUGGGGGAAGCCGGGGCGGAAUCAGGCGGCGGCCGGAGGUGGCCCGCAUUGUGGAAUUAUUCUACCUGAAGGGCUCGGACUACGCCAGAGACAUGUACACCGUGGCGCGCCCAUGGCGGCCGUACUGGUCGCCAAAGCCCCCCGCGCUGUCCAUCUGUGUCAUGGAGAUCCAACCCAUCCUGAAGGAGCAGAGCGACAGGCCGCCCACGCUCAUGGCAAGGCAGAAAGAGCAGGAAAACCUUGCCACCAGGUGGGAAGACGGGCUGCCGUCGCGCGUGGUGGCCGUGCAGGACACGCCGAACGGGACACAAAUAAAGCUGCCUGCGGCAGAGCUGGCGACCAACCACAGCUUCGAUUCCCUCACCGUCGCGCUGGCGAAGCCGCCACCGGCGUCCGAGGCCGCAGGCGCCGCCGCGAGCGCGCAGGCUAAGAAGAUCAAGCCGGGCCGGCCACGGGGCAGCGGGAAGGCGGCCGCUGCGGGGGACGGCGGCGCCGGCGGCAAGGCCGGGGCCACGGGUGGUGGUGGUGGUGGUGGUGGUGGUGAUGGUGGUGGUGGUGGAGACGAGGACCUGCUGCUGGAUGCGUCCAAACUGACGUACUUCUGCAAGGCCGAAAGCAAGUAUGAACCCGAGUUGAAGCUGCUGAUCGAGCGGGAGGUGGCGUCGGGUGGUGCUGCGGCCUCCUCCUCCUGGGAAGAGGUGUUCUGUCUCGACCAGAUCGAGCCGGACAACAAGGGCAGAUGGACGUUCUCUGGCUUUGAAGAGCACAUCCGCGAGCCCGGCCGCUACCGCCUGCGCGUGCUGGUCAGUGAGGGCCCCGCGGCAGAUCCCACGGUCCCCGACGAGGCCCCCCGGGACCCCUCCAAGCCGCCCGCUCGCCCCAACAUGAGCGCUCUGUUCCUGCUAGACCGCUCCUGCGACCGCGCCAACAUGUACGGUGACUACUUCACAGCGCUGGAGCACAGCUUCGUGGUGAACGCGGGCCUGCCGGGCGCGCUGACGGCGUGCUUCCUGGCCUCGUCCGAGCUGGACAAGGCGCUGGCGACGGGCAAGAACAUACCCAGCAUAGGUCCGUACAAGGAGGCCACGCGGCGGGUGCCGCAGGUGGCGCGGCUGGGCGAGCCUCUACCGGUGCUGGCGGUGCAACUGCAGGACUGGAAGGGAGGCAAGAUGGCCUUCAGCACUGACCUAGUGGCGAAGCUCCAGCUGCCCUGGGACCCGGCCGCCGCUGAGGCCGCGCCCGCCAGCCCCGCCGAUGGCGCUGCCGGCAGCCCGAGCCGCGCAGCACACCGCACGCAUCCGCUCAAGGUCAACGCUAUGGUGGUUGGGGGUAACCCACUGAACCUGCCGCUGCGGCUGUGCGGCCCUAGCGGCGGCAGGAGCCAGGAGGGUGCGGGUCCGAGCCAGCCGCGGGCGUCUGGGGCUGCAGCCGCAGGAGGGAGGUCCGGCGCCAGCGGCAUCUGCUUCUCUGAUGACCGCAUGGCCAUGUUCGUGAGCGGCCUGUACUUCCGGCCGGUCGAGCUGCUGCAGGACGUCACGGAACCGGACGGCCGCGUGCAGAAGGGUAAGACCGUGCCUGAAGUCAGGGCCCGGAUCAACGUGUCCCUUACCAUCCGUGCACCAGCCACCAGUACAAAGCAGCCUCGCGGUGCGGCCGGGGUGGGGGCCGCCGCGCCGUCUGCGCCGGGCACGCUGGGGGCGACAUCCAUCCUGGUGCGCCUGCCGGACAACGUGAUCACCACCGAGUUGAAGCUGGUCAGCGGGCAGCCGUCUGGGCUGACUCCCGAGGACCCGGAGCUACUCGCGUACGACACGCUGGAAAACGCCAUCAAGCUGUCCAAGGGCACGCACCCGCCAACCAAGAGCGUCGCGCUCAGGCUGCUGGACGAGUGCGGGAACCCCUUCUUUCUGCAGGCAGCGGGCCAGCGUGCGGCCCUGCCUCGUGUUCAGCUGGCGUGCUGCCGUGUAGGACCGGGCGGCGCCGAGGGGCCCUCACCGAUUCUGGUGCGUAAGCCAGGAGCGGCCGCGGUCAGCGGCACCUCGCGUGGCGUCAAAAGCGAGUUCACAGAGGUGGCAGAGUACGACUUCGACACCAGCGGCAAUCUGCUGGAAUUGCAUAGCCACGACUUCCGCGCUAUGGGCUUGCCGGGAGACGUCGGCCGCCUCACCGUCACGCUGCUCGAUAGUAACGCGCCGCCGCUUCCACCCGGCCAAAGCUCAGCAGCUCUGGCGGAGACCGCUCGGGCUGCUGCGGAGGCGGCUGACGCGGCGAUGCGGCAGGCGGGCGGCUUAACGUCCUUGGAGCGGCUGAGGCGCAGGAAGGUGCCGGGUGGCGUGCGGAGCUUCUCCGUGUACAUGCACAUUCCGGAGGUCGUGCUUGGCGUCGAGGAGGCGGAAGAGGAGGAAGCCGAAGACGAGGAGGAGGUGGAGGAGGCAGCAGGCGCAGCCGCGGAGGCAGAGGCAGGUGCAGCGGGCGAGGCAGGUUCGGCCGCGAAUGAGGGAGAGGCUCCGGCGGCAGUCGGUGGCAAGCGAAAGACCACACCUACGCCCGGCUCCGGCGUCAGCCCGGCGCGCAAGGCUGCACGGAAGGGCGCCGCGUCUACGCGCGGCAACAGACCGGACGAGAACCCGAACCGCAGCAGCCAGCGGCAGCGCGCCAACGCGCAUGUGCGGGAGUACACGCUGGAUGGCACCGUCACGGCUCGUGCGGAGGUGCAGGAGGCGCUGCGGCUGCGGCCGCCGCUGCGGCUGAGCUGGGAGCAGCUGCUGCUGCCUGCGCCGGGUGAUGCCGAGGAGCACUCCAUGCUGGAAAAGGCAUUUGAGAGUCGCGUGCGGUACACGUGCGACGGACCCCAAGAGGUGUGGCUGCGGCCCAACGGGUCCCCGCUGUUCAGCCGCAGCGAGGUGGUGGCGUUGGUCAACACCGUGCUGACGGCGCCGCCGCCGCCCUCGGCCGCCGCCGUGGCAGCGGCAGCGACCGCCGCCGGCGCAGGCGGCAGUGGCACCGCCGCCGCGCGUGUGGCGGGCGGGGGUGUGACGUACGAGCAGGUGUUCCUGCUCCGACCGGGUCAGCUGACGCUGGGUGGGCUGCGGCUGUCGUUGUCGGACGCCGAGGACGACGUCGUCAACGAGCUUCUAGCAGCCAGCGUGCGGGUGUUCAUCGGCGGCCGCGACGCCUUCAGCGGCGGUGCCUCAUCCCUCGCGGUGAAGGGCGGCCGAGUGGACCUCCCGGACCUGAUCUUUACGCCGGCCGACUUCGCGGGCCCCAGACAGACAGCUGCUGUGCACGUAUGCGACGCGGAGUCCGCGACUGCGGCGCUGCGUGGAGCCGGCGUGCGCAACAACUCGCAGGCGGCUGCUGCUGCGGCUUGCAGCAAGGCGUACCGCUACGGCACAUUCUAUGUCCGACAGGAGCCGCAUGCACGCGAGCUGCGGUUAGCGCCCAUUGAUUGCCCCAUCUUCACCGGCCAGCGCGCUGAGCUGCUGGUGCUGCCGCCAACGCAAGCAGCAGCAGCCGGCGCGGCCGCGUUGUCCCCCACAUCCAUGCCUGCGGCAGUCGAAGGCAUCUUACGCUUGCCGGCAGCCGAGCGACGCACUGCCGCUGCCGCAGCCGCAGCCGCUGCCUCAGCAGCGGCUGGCUCUGCGGCUGGACCGUCAGGAUCAGCACCAGCAACUGCUGCCGGCGCGUCAGCAGCGGCGGGAGAGGAGCGGCAGCAACCCCAACUGUUGGAGCUCGUGUGCAGCAGCGCCAGCACCGCGGCGCGACAGCGGCAGGGCGGCAGCCAGCAGCAGCAGGCGCACGACGCAUCAGUGUUGCUGUCCUGCGGCAUCCGGCUGGCGAAGCGGCAGCGCAUCGCCGUGCGCACGGACGACGCGCUGCAGAUUCCUCUGGUGGUGGUGGACCAGCACGGCAUGCCGCUGCGUGUCAGCCCGGAGGUCGCAGCACACCUGGAGGCACACAGUCGGGCGGAGCUCGUGCCGCACACAGCCCGGGCCGCCGCCGCCAAUGCCGUUGCCGACGGGUCGCCGGCGGCAGCGGCCAUUCCCUGUCAUGUGCAGUGGGUCUGGGCCGGUGCGCUGGAAGGGCAGGAGGAGCAGGUGCAGGAGCCGCCAGAUGUGGCAGCGGACGAGGAGCAGCAGGAACAGGAGCAGGAACAGGAGCAGCGCCCGGAGGCAGGGAGCGCGCCGCGGCGAAGCAGCCGCAGCGCCUCUGCUAGCCGCUCAAAGCCGCAGGCACCGCAGCGGCAGCAGCCAAAGCCGCUGCCGGCGCUUCCCUACUUCAUCGCGCAGGUGCAACUUCCCCAAGUGCAGGGCGCCCACGGGCUUCGCCUGACGUACGACCCGGUGGGUGCGGCGGCGGCUGGCUCCGGCGGCUCAGCCGGCACUGCGGGCGCUAUGGAAGGAGACUGGCAGCUGCAUUCGGAGCCCGCGCCUGCCGCGGCUGCUGCUCUGCCGGCGGCCGCCGGUGCCAUCAAGCCUAUGGUCCUCGUGCUCGAGCUGGACAUCCUCCACGGCAAGCUGGCACCCGACGGCUACCGCCUCAGCUUGACGGCGCCGGCCGGCAUGCAGCCGGAGGCGCUGCAGGCCCACCCCACCGGUCGCUCCCAGACCGACUUGCUGCUGCUGCCUGCGCCCGAGUGCGACCGCAUCUUUCGGGUGGAGGUGGCGGAGCAGACCAGCCUGGUGCUCUCCGUCCAGCUGCAGGACGCCCAGGGCUUUUUGGUGGCGGAGGAUGGCAGCUUCACGCUCCAACACGUGCACGCGGGACAGCUGCAGGAAGCAGCCCUGAACGUGCGCGGCGGCGUGCUCACGCUGCAUCUGCCAGUGGGGUCGGGCCCCAUGUGGCUCAGCGCACCCGCGGCACCGGGCGCAGCAGCAGGAGACGGCGACGACGUCGACGGCCACGGCCCGGCCACGGUUGGCCGUCUGCUGGUGUUGCGUCCCACGAGUGACAACUUCAAGCACGCGCAGCCGCUGUGCGUGUAUCUGCACGUGCGGCCGGGCAGGUACCCAGUGGAGCCGCUGCGGCUGCUGUCGGUCGGUGGUCAGAACGAAGGCGGCGCGCCGGAGCUGCAGUUGGCGCUGCGCAACGAUGACCCGCCGCCGCAGGUCGCUGACCCCGACGCCCCACACAUCCACGCCGAUGACGUGGCGGCGGAGGAGGACGAGGAAGAGGAGGCGCCUGGGGCCGAAGGCGGUGGUGGCUGGCCCAAGCUGCCCGGCUUCAGGCUGCAGGUGCUGUCCGCGGAUGGCGUAAAGUUUGAGGCGGCGGAGCUGAACCCGCUGCAGCUGCACUGGGAGCGGCAGGCGGACGGCGACGAGCAGCAGUGGGAGACGCCUGACGGCGCGCCAGUUGUGGAGCUGCUGCCGCACAAGUCCGGCGUUUUUGCGGCACGGCGGGGCGGUGUGGCGCUACCCACACGCGCCGGCUGCUGGCGUCUGGUGGCCGUGUACGCAGAUGAGCGGGUGGUGUCGCCAACGCGACAGCUGCAGCCGGUGACGGUGCUGCAGCUACAGCUGGCGGCGGCGCCCCCGGCCGCCAUCCGGCUCAGCGUGGAGAGCGCGGAGGCCCUGGGGUCGGCGCCGGGGCGGCAGCGGUGCCAACUGGUGCCGUUGACGGAGCUGCAGCAGGGCGCGCCCGUGCUACCCGUGCUUUCGGGAUGCCUGGUGGACAGGUGGGGCAACCCCACCUUGUCCGCGCCGUGCAUGCCACCGGGGGCACCCGCGCCGCUGCCGCGACGGAUGCACCUCGUCGCCUACGAGCGACCGGCCGACGCCGCGGCAGGCGACGCCGCCCCGGCGGAGGUUCCCAUGAUUCACGUGGCCUCGUGCGACGUGUCUGAGCAGGACGGCACCUUCACGCUGCCGCCGGUGUCGCUGGCGGGCCGGCCGCUGCGGAUGGGGUGGGACUACGACCUCAUCUUGCAGCUGUCGGAGGAGCAGGACCCCGAGCGGCCCGGCGAGCUGUGCGCGCUGGUGCGCACGCUGUACGUGUGCAGCGUGGCGAACAGCCAGAAGCUGCACGAAGACGUCGUGCGCCUGGAGGCGGAGAUCUCAUCCGAUAGAGCAACGCUGGCUGCGUGCAACCAGAACCUGCGGAAUGAUGAGGACGCAACCAGGAAAGCAGAGCGGGCUUUGGCGAGCAAGUGGAAGGCGCUGGCAGCGGUGCUUGGCACGGAGCUGCCGACGCCUGAGCAGGUGUUGGCGGAGCUGGAAGCAGCUGAAGCGGAAGCGGAGGCAGUGGCGGCGGCGGCAGCGGCGGCAGCCGCACGGGCCGGCUCUGGCCAGCCGGUACAGCAGCCCCCGCGGCGGGCUGUGGCGCACGAGCAGGCGGUGUCUGCGGCCGUGCGCCGCCUGGCCGAGGAGGAGGCGGCGCUGGAAGGGCUCUACGAGCCUGGGUUGCUGGUGCGGUACCAGCCCCAGCAGCGGUACCCGCAGCCGCAGCAGCAGCAGCCGCAGCAGCAGUCCUUGUGCUUGACACCUGCGCUAUCGCGGCAGGCGCCCAAUGCGCCAGUUGACGAGGCAGCGUCCCGGCAGUACCAGCGGCUUCGCAACAUUGCGGAUGCUUCCAUGGGUGUGCGGGGGGCCUUGGGUCCAUUGGUGAUGCUUGGGGCGGCGGAGCGCGCUGACGUGGCCGACGCCCUGGCAUACCUGAGCAGGGGCAGCCUGGAUAAGCUGUUCGUGAUCGGGGGGGAAGCCCUGGACACGGUCAAGUCGCGGCUGCGGCAGCUGGGCGCGGGCUCGGCCCUGGACCUGACGAACCCUUUGCUGGAGCGAUUCUAUGACCUGCACCCGGACGGCGUCGACACGAGCCACCCGCAGAUGCCACUGCGCAAGCAUGAGACGCGAAACAGGUUUCGGGACGUGCUCAACUUCGACGACGGUGUGCAGGGGCCCAACGAGCACGGGUUCCUAGGGUUCGCGGUGAACCUCAUCUACCUGCCGCCGCACCUUAUGGAAUUGCGGGUGCCUACCUCCAGGGGCUCGGCGUCGCUGCGCCAGACGAUGUUCUGUCGCAUUUUCAACCACGCGCUGGUGUUCGACACUGAGGGCUCCGUCAACGCCUUCCAGCGGCGCUGCCAUCAGCGACAAGUGCGGAUUGACAUCCCAGUCAUUGCCGUGGACGGCCGCGGCGGCCUGAACCUGGGCGGCCUCGGAGAGGAGCAGUUUGGGCUGCGUGCGCGCAUGAGUGUCCGCUACAGCGGCAUUCCGCUGGACCACGUGACUCCGCUGGAGCUGGCACCGGGGCCGCAGCAGCAGCUGAGAGUGCGGGGCGGUGCGCUAGACAUGCGGCUACGCACAGAGCAGAUUCGCGUUGCUAUGGCGCGCAACGACAGCGCGCGGCUUCGGGCCAUGGCCACCGAGGUCAACGACGCGCUGCAGCGGCUGCGCGUAGGUCGCAGAGUGGAGGAGGUACGCCGCGGCGACCUGGCGGCGCGGCAGCAGCAGCUACAGCCGCGCCUGGAUGAGCUGCAGCAGCAGCUGGCCGAGGCGCGGGCGGAGUACAAGCGGAUGCGGCAACGGGAGCAGGCGGCAGCAGGUGGAGACGGGACAGGAAGCGGUGGGGCGGCGGGUGGUCAAGAGCCAUUGGAGCGGCGCGGGAGCGGAGGCGGCGACAGCUUUGAGGACGGAGCAGGAGGUGGGGCUGCUGGCCAGCAGAGUAGGCAGCAGGUGCGCUACGGCCGCCGUCCGCAGGUGGCACAGCAGCCACAGCAGGAGCACGGGGCAGCGGGAGGCGGCGCAGCCGGCGGCCGAAAGCGGGGCGCCACGGGCUUUGGCGGAGGGAAGAGUGUGAAGCGGCCGCGGUAGCGGGCAAGGCAGCGCGGCGCAGCGACGUUGUGCUGCGCGUGUACGUGUACACGUGUUUUUGGCGGGUUGCACGCCCACAAGCCCCUAGGAGCACGCACGGCGGCAGGGGCACGUACAUGGUUGCAGGUACCUGUCUGUGAUGGAUCCAGAACUGGUCGUUGCGAAGCAGUGUGCAUAGUGGGGCCUUGUAGCCAGGCUGAUGCAGUGUGGCAGAGGUACCACAGCAGAGAGUACAGGGCAGAGUACACCUCGCACCGCAGGACGGUUUUGGCACGCACGUACGCACCAUGUGCCGUUUACAGAGUGCAGUGUGCCGGUUACCGCAAAAAGGUGUGGUUGUAGCAGCAGGUUGCCGCGAACCAAUUCCGCAUUCUUCUGAUGCUCAAGCUUAUGGGCUUUGGCCGGCCGCCGGCGCUGUCCAGGGAGCACCAGCAGCAGCAGCAGCAGGUCGGGUGAUAAUGUGGGGCGUGGAGGUGGCAUCCUGUACGUUGAUCUGGGCGCUUCAUUGCAUCAAGCCAGUCGAGUUUUCACAGGUUCACCCCGGCUUAGUGCAAGUGCCGCUUUAGGGUGAUGUGUUUAUCCCAAUCACUAAUUGCAGGUGGCAUGUUCCUUACGGCCAACAGUUGGCUGAAUCGUAGCUUGCAACUGUGAGGCGCACUGUGACGAGUGUAUAUGGUGUAGUGCGAGUGUGUGGCGAGAGAGCCGGCAUGGCCCAGCCUGGGCGAGGCGCCGUUGACGGGUCGCAAAACCGUCCACGGUUUAAGCAGUGACAGGUGCACUUUAACAAUGCUUGUACAUGUUAACAUGACAAACGAAUAAUUCAGCGUCGUCGGUAAUUGGUCCCCUACUCAGAAGCUUGAAGGUCAGGGUCAGACAGGUGCAAAGGCCAACGCCCGU